AAAACACUACCGAUAGUUUAGCGGAGAAACAUCUUGAGGUUAUUGCUUCAAUGGAGAAAAGUGUACGACCUAAGUGGUCAAAAGUGUGGGAACACUUCACUUUAAAGACUUCAAAGAAGAGCGUUUCCUGCAAAAUGGCACGGAAGUACAACAUUGCUUCAGGAGCACCUGAAGAAGAAACAUGUUGGAGCCAUGGAUGAAGGGAACAACUCACACACAUGCUAUGAAGCACCAUGGAUCAACUCCAGAAGAGGAAUCUAACUUUCAUCACUAUCGGACUAAUGUUCAUGCUUAGUGGCAUCGAGUAUGCUGUCAUUCUGCCGACAAUAUGGCGUUAUCUCCAGAUCUUAGAUGCCCCGCCGUACUUUUUGGGUCUGGGUCUGUCUGCCUUCAGUUUGAGCAGCCUUCUCAGCGGUCCGGUCUUCGGGUGCUGGUCAGACCGCAGUGGAACCACCAAGUCUAUUGUUCUUUUCUCCAAUCUUUUUGAGGUUGCCGGUAACUUCAUGUAUUUCAUUGGCUAUUCAAAGUGGUUGUUGCUAUGUAGCCGUCUGGUGGCAGGUGUCGGUGCAGGAGCAGGAUCCUCCAUCUUUUGUUACAUCACCAGGAGCACGCGGCCCGAUGAGCGAGCGAGUAUCUUUGCAGCCAUCAUGGCUUGUCGACAAGCCGGUCUCCUUGUGGGGCCAGCCUUCAACCUGUUCCUGCGGCUGUGUGAUUUCAAACUUGGACCCUUUGUUGUGAACAAGUUUACAUCUCCUGGGAUCUUCAUGUGUGUGUUGUGGGUGCUGCAGCAAUUGCUGGUCCUGGCUAUGUACUGGGACGUGGCGGCUAUCGGCGCCACCGAGGGGGCAGUGCUGAUGGUGGACCUGCAGGACGAAGGUGAAGACGUGGCCCUGAUGGGGUCCGACGACGAGCAGGUGCACACCUACAGAGCCGUCGCCUCCCACCAGCCGGAGACCUCCACUUCCACCUCGUCUGAAACGAGACGCGAGGGCUCCUCAGCUGAUCCCGAGCCCUUCAAAAACUUCAGCGCCAGCAAAGAGUUCCUGAGGGAGGAGGUGAUUGUUCUCCUCACCGCUCAGUUCAUCACUCUCUUCAAUCAGACUGCGCUGGAGACCAUGGUGACUCCUCUGACGCAGCGCUACUUUGGCUUUGGCGAGCUGGGCAACAGUGUGAUGUACAGCCUGUGUGGGGUGGAGGUCAUCCUGGGCUUCCUCUUUGUUCGCUGGCUGAGCGGGAAGGUGGCGGACCGUGCGGUGCUGGCUGCGGGCCUGGUCAUCUGUUGCGCCGCCUGCGUCUGGUGCCUCGUGUUCCUCUGCAACCUCCAAGGUGGCUACGAGUGGGAGCUGGCGGCCUUCGUCAUCGGGGUGUUCCUGCAGCUGCUGGGGCUCCCUUUUGUUGCUGUGUCCCAGGUGUCCCUGUUCUCCAAAGUCACGGCGGAGAAAACACAAGGAUUCAGUCAAGGCAUUAGGCGAUCAGUGGGGGGCCUCGCCACCAUCAUGGGCCCCUUGUGGGCUGGAGGAUUGACCAAUCAUCUCUACAUAAUGAUAGGCAUGAUGCUGGCUCUCCUCUUGAUGGUCUCAGUAAUGACGGCGUUGUCAUACGGCCGCCUGACUCAGCCCAGAGCGGUGCAGUGUGCCCACAGCUCUGACAGCGGAGGGUAGAGCUGCAGGCAAGUGAGGCUAAAAACAGAAGCAAUGCCCUUCAUCUCAAAAUGGAUCAAUGUAGAGGGACCCGCAGAAAAUAAAACAUACUGUCACUGCCAGGAGGAGUUCAAACACUCUGCUUUUCCAAGCUUUUGUCUCUUGCAUGUGGUUCACUCCCUGACUACUAACGCCACCGUACACCAGGGGGCGCUGUUACUCCCAUGUCGAACAUGCAUGGGGCAGCAUUUUGAAGAUGAAAGACAUUCUUCUCCAACUAAACUAUUUAUAGGCCCAGGUGUUGAUGGAAAGAUAAGAGAUGCGGUUUUUCCAUGUGACCCAACUUCUCAUUCCUUUUCUGCAGUCUUUCUCCAAACACAUGAAAUGAAAGUGGUGACACAAUGAGUGUAAAAGUGGGGAUGACAGCGUCCUGUCGGCUU